GACGAUGGUAGAUAAUGUAAACAACAAACAUGGACGCUUUCUAUCAUGCCGAAAAUGAAUCCUACGGCACCGGUGGCUCCAGAAAUAAGCCCUGCAGGACGUGUACUGACUUUAAAAGUUGGGCCUCGAUGCAGAAGUCUAAUAUGGACAGCAAUAACAAUAAAAAUCAAAAGAAAUCAACGGCCCCAUCCAAUACUGGACCGCAUAGUCAACAAGCCAGCUGCCCUGUAGACAAGGACCAAUUAGGCCAGAGUUCAUGGACAUUCCUCCACACGAUUGCUGCCUCAUACCCAGACAACCCUAGUCCGACAGAGAAGCAGACAAUGUCGCAGUUCCUCGAUCUCUUCUCCAGAGUGUACCCUUGUAACAUCUGUGCGGAAGAUCUCCAAAAAGACCUGAAGUCAACUCCACCUGAUGUGUCAUCACAGUCUGCCUUUUCUCUGUGGAUGUGCAAGCUGCACAACCGAGUCAACGCUAAGCUUGGAAAGCCAAUAUUUGACUGUAGCAAAGUGAAUGAAAGGUGGCGAGAUGGCCCCCUUGAUGGAUCCUGUGAUUAGGAGCAUAAUGUGUCUGUAGAUUUAGUGUCAGAUUUUUACUGUUAGGCUUGGACAGGGUCCCAACAAAAUUGGCCAGAAACCACAGAAUUUAAAAAAUUUGAUGGUUUUAAGAAUGGAAGCGUGUCUGUCUACACCAAAGUUGUUCACAAAUAAUAAAAGCUAUAUUAGUUCAA